CAGUAUAACACAUAUUGUAAGACAUUACACAAGUCAAAUUAUGGAUAGUGUUAUGAUGCCUAAGGCUGCUGCUAAGUUUAUUGCAGAUAACAGCAGAGAUGUUACGAUAAAUAAAGAAGGUGUUAGUGAUCUAGCCAAAGUUAUGUACAAAUGUGUUAAAGACGAUACAUACAAUAUAAAAUCAUGGAAGACUGCACAUGAAUUGAACCCAUCAGAGAUGACAAAAGAUACUGUUGAUUGGAUAUUUGUUGCAGACACAUUGAAUUUUUCCUUUUGGUCAGAAGAUAAUAAUAAGAAAUACAUGGUGAGGUACAAAGGAAAUGAAUAUACAGGAUACUGGUCAUGGAUUGCUGCACUUAACAGAGCGUUAGAUAAUGGAAUCAAACUAACAGAUCCAAAGUUUUAUGCUAAAAUUACCAAAGAAGAUUUGGUAAAAAUCCUGAAAUCAGAUUCUGACUUUGAAAUACCUCUAUUGGAAGAAAGAGCACAGGUUUUACAGGAAGCUGGCAAAAAGCUUGUAGAGAAAUAUGAUGGAAGUUUUGUGAAUUGUAUUGAGAAAUGUGAGAAAAGUGCAGAAUCACUUCUCAAAUUAGUAGUUGAAGAAUUUCCCUCAUACAGAGAUGUAGCAGAAUAUAAUGGGAAAACAGUUGGCAUAUACAAAAGAGUACAGAUUUUGAUAGCAGACAUAUGGGCUUGUUUUGAAGGAAAAAGUUAUGGAGAAUUCCAUGACAUUAAUUUUAUUACCAUGUUUGCAGAUUACAGGAUUCCUCAAGCACUUGUGCAGUUUAAAGCCAUGACUUAUUCAGAUAAAUUGACUGAAUUCUUAAACAAAGAUCAGAUGAUGAAGACUGGUGACAAAUAUGAAGUAGAAAUCAGAGGAUGCAGUAUACAGGCUGUUGAGGAUGUGACUGAAGAGACCAGAAAGUUACUAUCAGCAGACAACAGUACAAAAGAUGCUUUGAUUAAUGCUAUUAUUAUUGACCACUAUCUAUGGGACUACAGAAGGGAGCAUGCUGCAGAUAUUAAAGUACCAUUCCACAAAAUCAGAUGCAUAUACUACUAAUACCAAGAAUUAUUUGUAAAGUUUAUACCGGUAACUUAGAACAUCAGUAGUACCAUGUUGACCUGUGUAACAAUUGAUAGUCCUUCCAAAAUUAUCUCUUUACCAACAUCUUCUGUCAGUGAUGUAAUCUAUGUUACUAAUUUUGAAAGGAACAUUGUGUUCAAAUGUUACACUUGUAUACAUUAGCAGUUUAAUCAGAUUUUAGAAAUGCUUUAGAGAAUGAUAGAUAAAAUCACAAUCAUAAUUGUUAGGACUAGUAAAUUCAUUGUUGUUGGUUUUUUUAAUUAGAAUUUAUUAUGUUGAUUGUUGACUUAAAUCUAGGACCAAUCGAUAAUACAUUUGUCCUUGCUAAAGUUAGGUAGUUAGUCAUUUUUUUUUUACAUUUUACAUCUGUUUACCUAGAAUCACUUAUUGCUUUCCUAACAAUAUAUGUUUUAUCUCAUUGUUGAAGACACAUGAUGAUCUGUACUAUAGAUAGGUGGAUAUUAACUUUCUCCUUCUUUGUAGAGGAUAACUAUCUUGUUUGCCAUGAUACCACAGCUUCCAUUCCUCAAAAAAAAGUUCUUGGAUAUAAAGGAAUCACUCUGUCAGCCCCUCUGCAUGAUUGUUCCUGUGGUGUCUUCUCAGAACUGUUAAAGGCAUUGAGGGAUAUGACAGAUGCCUAAUGCCUGUAAGCAAGGUCAAAAACUUAGUUCAACUUUACCUAUUCCUUAUUAAAAUAUGCAAAGUUUUGAUUGGCUAAAACUUUUAUUACGAAAGAUAUUCAGGAUACUUGUCAUUGUUGUUGUUAUCCAUCAACAGGUUGUGUAACAUCUUGAUUUUGAAUAUUUAUCUGAAAGAUCAAAGGUUAUACAGUUAGUUCAACUUUAACUAUUCCCUAUUCAAAUAUACAAAGUUAUGAUUGGCUAAAAACUUUAGUUACAAAGCAUAUUCAGGAUACAUGUCAUUGUUAGUAACCAUCAGUAGGUUGAAUAACAUAUUGAGUUUGAAUGUUUGUCUGCAAGGUCAAGGUCACAAACUUAGAUCAGUUUUAAGUUUUCCAUAUUUAGACAUGUAUAUAGUUUAAUGAUUGGCUAAAACUUUUGUUACAAAACAUAUUCAGCAUACUUUAUCAUUGUUGUUGUUAACCAUUAACAGGUUGUGUAACAUCUUUAUUUUGAAUAUUUUUCUGAAAGGUCAAGUUCAUACAGUUAGUUUAACUUUACCUAUUCCCUUUUCAAAUAUACAUGGUUAUGAUUGGCUAAAAACUUUUGAUAAAAAGCAUAUGUAGGAUACUUCUCAUUGUUGUUGUUAACCAUCAAUAGGUUGUGUAGCAUAUUGAGUUUUGAUGUUUGUCUGCAAGGUCAAGGUCUCAAACUAAGUUCAACUUCACCUAUUUCAUAGUUAAAUAUACAUAGCUAUGAUUGGCUUUAAACUUUUGUUACAAAGCAUAUGUAGGAUACUUCUUUUUGUUGUUGUUAACCAUCAAUAGGUUGUGUAACAUAUUGAGCGUGAUUUGUCUGCAAGGUCACGGUCACAAACUUAGUUCAACUUUACCUAUUUCAUAUUCAAAUAUACAUAGUUAUGAUUGGCUUGAAACUUUUGUUGCAAAGCAUAUGUAGGACACUUCUCAUUGUUGUUGUGUAGCAUAUUGAGUUUGGAUGUUUGUCUGCAAGGUCAAGGUCUCAAACUAUGUUCAACUUCACCUAUUUCAUAUUCAAAUAUACAUAGUUAUAAUUUGACUUUAAACUUUUGUUACAAAGCAUAUGUAGGAUACUUCUCAUUGUUGUUGUUAACCAUCAAUAGGUUGUGUAACAGAUUGGGUUUGGAAGCUUGUCAGCAAGGUCAAGGUCACAAAAUUAGUUUUAAAUUUUACAUACACCAUAUCUAAAUAUAUAAGUCAGGUCUAAGUUAGAAUUUUUAAAUGGCUGACAUGAUAUUAAUUAUACUUGGGGUGAUUGUUCCUGUUGUCUGCUAUGAGAUGGAAUUUUUUUAAAACAUCAAGUUUAAAAAUAACAAAUAUUUAUUUAAAUGAUAAUGUGAAGAAGGGUACAGAAAUUUGUUUCCAUUGUAUGAAAUACCUCCAGUUUUUAUUAUAUUAAUUGUGUAAAUCUUUGUAUGUUUCUGUUAUGUUACAUUUUGGAAGAGGAAUAAGUCAUAAGAGAUGAUUUUAUUUAUCACAAACCUUCUAGUCAUAUAAAAUUACCUCUGUAAAGAGAAAUGAAUUAUAUGAUCAUUAUUUUCAUUUAGAUCACAAUUUUUUUUUCUGUUAAAAUUACUGCCACUUUGUUUUUGAGAUAUAAAGACAACAUCUUCCUGUUUAGCGACCACAAUCAACUGUCUGAUCAUUCUCCAGCUGUGUUGCGCAUGAAGUCCAAAAUAAUAAAUGAAGUAUAUAACAGUUCUGUGAUAGUUAAAAUCAUAUAUACAGAUGCUCUUUAAAAACAGUGAUUUUUGAAUGAUGAAAUAAGAAAUUUACAAAUUUUGUUGUAGUUUUUAUAUACCAAUGUUUAUUUGAAGUGAUAUUUAACAAUAUUCUUGUUUAGAUAAUAUCAUGACACUAAUAUUUUUUUUUUUGUAUCUAAUCAUGGUUAACUACAUUAGAGUUUUGAAUAGCACUUUAUAUGUAAGGGCAUUACCAUUGUACCAUUCAGUCAGGUCCUUCUGUUGUACAUCUAGUGUUAUUUAUAUAUAUAUUUACUCAUGUCAAAGCUGUAUUUAUUAUAAACAGUAGUUUUGUUUAGGACGCUUGUUCAUGACUAUUUUAUUCACAUUAAACUUUAUAGCAGUAGUAAUUUUAUAUGAAGGACUUAACUUGGCACGAUUUUAUGACAUCAGAAAAUAAAUAUAAAGUCUUAUUGAUAUAUUUCACUUGAUAUAAAGCAGUCAACAAUCAAUCAGUUAAGAAAUGAUAAUGGGGAAAGUUUGAUUUAAUUUCAUUAGAUGUUGGACGAGAACUAAUGAAUACAAAUGACCAACCUCAGAGAACAACAUACAGAUUAUUUGUUCUCAAAUUAAUGCAAUCUCUUAACUAUUUAGCCUCAUUGUGCUUACAAUUAUUUUCUGUUAUUGUGUUCAACAAUAAUCAUGGACAUGCUUCUAGUUUGAAUGUCAAUGUGCUUAAGAUAUUGCCCAUAAAUUCUCUAAAACCUUAAGAGAACAAUUGAAACCAUUCAUGAUAAUUCAGGAGCUUGUCAAGAAAUUGAUAUAGAUGGCAACAUCCUGCAUUUGUCUAGGAAAAUUUUACCAUUCUAAACAAACAGUAAGUAGGAUUCUAUAUUAUGUUAAAAACUAUGUAUAUCAUAAAAGUCAUUCCUUUGAUGCUGUUCAUAACUUGAAGGAUACUUUGUUUUCAAAGUAUUGUAACAGGGGCAUAUUUUAAAUGAGUCAAAUAUAUGACAUUUGUUUGGAAAUCAGUUAUCUUGUUAAAAAAUUUAUAUAUAUAUAUAUAAUUUUAUAAAAAUGUUAAACAUUUACAUACAACUGUAAUUUUUUUUAAUAAAACAUUUUGGGCAUUUCA